AUGGCGUCCGCCGUUCAGUCAGCGGUGCGACUGCCUUCACCAGAGCCUGGCGAUCCAGCGCCAGAGUCGUAUACCCGCAAACGAUCUCCAGUCUCAAGGUCCCCUUCCCCUCGUCGCGAGGCACCGCCACUUCGCCGACGUUCGCGCUCACCAGCUCGUGCUAACGGGCCCCUACCUCGCGAUGUCGAUCGGUCACGCGCAAUGGAGCGAGCGAGGCAGCUGGAGAUGCGGCAGAAGGAUGAAGCAGAGCCGGAGAAGCCGCUCACUGCAGAGGAAAAGCAAGCUGCAGCGAAGGCAGAGUACGAAAAGCUGCUCAAUAUGCGGUCUGGUGGCACCUACAUCCCACCAGCACGGCUGCGAGCGCUACAAGCGCAGAUCACCGACAAGACCUCGAAGGAGUAUCAGCGCAUGGCUUGGGAGGCCUUGAAGAAGUCUAUCAACGGUUUGAUCAACAAGGUCAACUCCUCAAACAUCAAGCACAUUGUGCCGGAGCUUUUCAACGAGAAUCUGGUGAGAGGACGAGGCUUGUUCUGCCGCAGUAUCAUGAAAGCGCAGUCUGCCAGCUUGCCAUUUACACCGAUCUUCGCAGCCAUGGCCGCCAUCGUCAACACCAAGCUACCGCAAGUUGGAGAGCUCCUCAUCAACCGGCUGAUCAUCCAAUUUCGAAAGGCCUUCAAGCGAAACGACAAGAGCGUGUGCCACAGCAGUACAACCUUCAUCGCGCAUUUGAUCAACCAGCAAGUUGCGCACGAGAUGCUGGCUGCGCAAAUGCUGUUGCUGUUGCUGCACAAGCCGACAGACGACAGUGUCGAGAUUGCUGUGGGCUUGAUGAAAGAGGUUGGACAGCACAUCGAAGAGAUGAACUCGCAGAUCGCUUUGGCAGUGUAUGAUCAGUUCAGGAGUAUUUUGCAUGAAGGCGACAUCGACAAGCGAGUGCAGUACAUGAUCGAAGUACUUUUCCAGAUACGCAAAGACAAGUACAAGGAUCAUCAAGCAGUCAAGGAGGAACUGGACUUGGUCGAGGAAGAGGACCAGAUCACGCAUCGACCAGGCCUGGAUGACCAAGUGGUCAAUGAAGAUGGACUCAACAUCUUCAAAUUUGACCAAGAUUGGGAGGCCAACGAAGAAGCGUACAAGAAGCUGAAGGCAGAGAUCUUGGGCGAAGCAUCAGGAAGCGAGGACGAAGACGACGAAGACGCCGAAGAGGAGAGCAGCGACGAAGAAGAAGACCAGACAGAGAAAGCAAUGGAGAUCAAGGAUCAGUCCAAUACUGACCUCGUCAACCUCAGGCGUUCGAUCUACUUGACGAUUAUGUCCUCUGGAGGAUUCGAGGAAGCAUGCCAUAAGCUCAUGCGCAUCAACCUUCCGACUGGCCGCGAGGACGAACUGCCGUCGAUGAUCAUCGAAUGCUGCAGCCAAGAGCGAACCUACAACAAGUUCUUCGGUCUCAUCGGUGAGCGCUUCUGCAAGCUCAACAGGCUGUGGAAAGACUUGUUCGAAGAGAUGUUCACCAAAUACUACGAAACCAUCCAUCGGUACGAGACCAACCGCCUUCGCAUCAUCGCCCAGUUCUUUGGGCAUCUCUUGUCAUCAGACGCGCUGGGCUGGCAUGUGUUCAACGUGGUUAAGCUCAACGAGGAAGACACUACCUCAUCCUCGCGCAUCUUCAUCAAGAUCUUGAUCGAAGACCUGGCCCAAGGCGUUGGCAUGAAGUCUCUUGCAGAGCGCUUCAGGGAUGAUGACCUUCAACCUGCUCUUACCGGCAUGUUCCCAACAGACAACCCAAAGAACACCCGUUUCAGCAUCAACUUCUUCACAGCUAUCGGCAUGGGUGUUCUGACGGAGGGCAUGAGAGAGUUCUUGAAAAACAUGCCCAAGCCGGCACCGCCCGCAUUGCCUGCCGCCAAAGAGACCACGCCUAGCAGUCGUGGAAGGAGUGAGAGCUCCUCCGAGAAGGCGCAACAGAUCGCUGUCUUACGACUCCCAGUCACCACCACCAAAGACAAGCAAGCGGCGUUCACCUAG